AUGGAAACAAUUAAAGUCACUUACAACUCGAUUUCUCGUCGUUUCAACAUUGACACUUCAACAACUUGGACGGAAUUAGAAUCUAAAUUACGUUCACUUUAUAAAAUCCCAACCACAACUUCUCUUAACGUCUCUUACACUGAUGAAGACGGUGACGUGAUCACCCUUUCAAGUGAUCUGGAAUUUAAAGAAGUUCUUGCUCAACAAUCCUCCGGUAGACCUAUAAAACUUGUCUUGAACACGGCUAAUAACAAUGAAAGUUGGGUUCUUGAAGGCGGAAAUAACGAAAGCGAGUCUAACGUUGAAAAUGAAUUGUCGAGUGAAGAUAUUAGUAACAAUUUGAACCUUUUUGAAGAUUCUUCUUACUUGGCAGAGGAGCAACAAAUUACUGAACGUGAAGAAGAGGCUGCAAAUAAACAAUCUAUCCCUUUUCUUCGUAAAGAAGGUCCAAGAUUCGGAUUAUUUGAUAGACCUUAUUUCGGUUCCGAAUCGUUUAGUCGAGGUCCAUUCCGUGGUUCCAUUUAUAAUCCUUGUAAUUCUUAUGCAUACGGUCAUCCACAAUUUUAUCGUUCAGCUUUUUUCAAUAAAUGUGGAGGCCCGUCAACUUAUUAUUUCGGUCGUCAAAGUGAUUCAUGUGGACACAAAUUCAAAGCCUGUAAUAAAAGCCCAAAACAACAAUCGGAUGCAAGCGAUAAAAAUGCUGAAGCUUCAAGUUCCGCAUCUGCAAAUAACGGAUGUGAUAAGAGUGAUCGUAACCGUGAUUAUAGAUCAAAACCUUCUUGCAAUCGAAAUUUUAACUUUUUCAAUCCUCGAUAUUACAACCAAGCACCGUUUACUCAAGAACAAUUAAAAGAUAAACUCGCAACUUUACAUUCCAUGGGAUUUAAUUCUUCAAACGAUGCUUCGUAUGAAGAUUUAUUGAAACGUUAUAAUGGAAAUCUUGAGCGUGUUAUUGAAUUAUUGUUACGCGAUCAACAAUUUAAUGAACACGAAGCUUCUGCCAAUGCAUCAAAAGGACCAAAGGGAAUUGUUAUAAAUGACGAAAAUGCGCAAAAUAAAUUCAAUGACGAAAAGAAUGCCGAAGAUGUUAAUGAAGAGAGUAAACCUUAUAGUUUGUAG